AUGAAGUUUUUGAUUUGGUUAAUACUAUUUUUAAUAAAUUGUCAAGCAGAGGUAAUCAAAUUAACUGAUUCUAACAAAAGACAAGUAUUAUCUGCAUCUAAAAAUACUUUAAUUCUUUUCCAAAAACCUAAUUGUAAAUACUGUGAAUUACUUGAUCCUAUUUAUAGUCAAUUAGGUGAAUUAUACGACAACGAUGAAGAAUUUCAAUUAGCCAAAACUAACGCCGCUGAAAAUAGAAUAUUGAAGAGUAAUUUCAAACCAACUAGAUAUCCUUCAGUGUUUUUGUACAACAAUGUAGCCAAAACUAUUCAACCAUUCAAAGGAAAUCGUAAUUUGAUCGAUUUGGUAAAUUUCAUUAACGAAAAUACCGAUACCAUCAACAAAGAGUUAGAGUCUAAUAUUUUCGAGAUACGAAAGAUUGAAGAAUUCAAUCAAAGACGUAAAAAGGGGAACUUGAUAGUAUUCGCUUUGAGUUAUUUACCUAUUUGGCAAGAUUACCAAUACCCUACCCAUUUUUAUCAGCAAUUAUCUUAUCAACAUAAUAUCAAAUUCAGUAUUCUUUUCAUCGACUUGAUAGAUUCAACCAAAUUCCUUGACGAAUACAAAAUCAGUAAUUACCCAUCAGCUAUAUUCUUCAAAUCACCCACCAAAUUCAAGACAUUCAAAACUUUCAGUAAAGAUCAUUUACAGGGGAAUAAAUUGGAUGAACAGUCAUUGACAGAUUUCACUUAUAACUUGCACUCUGAGGAUCAUGGACAUUGGUUCGAUGGUACCGAUGAGUUAAACGAGUACUUACAAAACGAAAAGUAUCAAUAUGAACGAGUAGGACAUUAUGGACUCAAUAUAAGACAAAAUGAAGUUAUCGUGGAUGAAUCUUCUUACGAAGAAAUGUUGGAUAAGAUGGAUUUUUAA